GCUCGUAUAAUUUGGCGUUUGAUGCGAGGUCGGCAAAAAUAGAAAUACCUAGUUAUGUUUGUAGUUUAGUAAGCAAUCAAAGUAAAAUAAAAAGAAACAAUGUAUAAGGUAAAAAAUUUUGUGUUUUGUGUUACAUUGAAUUUUCUAUUUUUCAUCAGCAGCGUAAUUUCAAAUACGGACGUUAUGCCGCCUUUGUUCGAUAUGGAUGAUUAUUCAUCUUGUAAUAAAAAUGAAACUAAUUUUUUUUGCAACGUUCAAGCAAAAUUGAUUGUACCCCAUGCAAACCAGAAUAUUAUCAAUUUAAUUCGGAAAUUUAGUGACGACCCGAUGACAUACGAUAGAAGCAUAGUACAUCGAGCAUUAUGUGUACCACAAGAUAAAAUUCGAACGGAUUCAACGUUGUAUGCUUAUUCUAAUAAUUUAGUAAAUAGAAACCUUCAAAAAUAUAAUUUGACAGCGGAAGUUGAUGAUUCUAUUUGUGUUGAAAUGAAAACGAGUUAUAACAUUUACGAUUAUCUAGUUGCAAUCAUCGGCAUUGUUUACUUAUUACUGGUACUUUUUGCAACGUAUUCCGAAAAGAAACAAAAUGUGAAAGGGUUAGAGCGUGAUCGAAAAAACAAUUUUCUGUCAAAUUUGUCUCUUUAUCAUACAUGGAGGAAAAGGACGACAGCUCCUACGAAUAUUGAUUAUAUAAAAUUAUCAAACUUACAAGGCAUUCGUUUUUUUUCGAUGAUAAUCCUGAUUUUAAUACAUGUGAAUUUAUUUUAUCUCUUUUUUUAUAUAUCAAACCCAAUUGAAGUGGAACGAAUAUGUGCCUCAAAAUUUAUAACGCCAAUUAGAUGGGUUGGCACAUUCGCCGUUUUGCCUUUUUUUUUAUUUUCCUCUUGGUUAUUGACUGUACAAGUUCAUAAUAUAAUCGAAAAAUAUGGUGAAUUAUCUCUUAAAAAUGUUGGAAUAUUAAUUAUCAAUCGAUAUGCCAGAUUGAUGUUCACUUUUGUGGUAUUACUAGCAUUUAUUCAAUCAUCUUGGCUUAUAAAUAUUUCUGGACCAUGUAGCUUCUCAUUGUUAGUAUUGAAUCGAAAUUCUUGUAGAAGAAAUUUGCUCAAAUCGAUACUAUUGAUCAGUAAUUAUGACUACACUUUUGAUAUUUGUUAUCCUGUUUCCUGGUACAUAUCGGCAGAUUUUCAACUUUAUAUCCUUAAUCUCGUUAUACUCUACAUCAAGUUAAAAUUCAAGUUAAAAGAUAUAAAAUUAUACUUUACUUUAUUAUGUACCUCAUGUAUAAUACACGGUGUCAGAGUAUACGCUCAUUCUGAUGUUAUAUUCAAACCAUCAAUCAGAGCAAUGGAAGAAAGAUAUUUGAGAUAUUCUUCGUUAUAUAUGGUGCAGUACAUGUCUACUUUAUCUAUAUGGUCGUCAAGUGUCAUUGGUGUAAUUUUGGGUGAUAUUUACAAUAAAACGAAGAACAUUACUAUAAAGAACACAUGGCCGUUAACUUUAUUAUGGGCAUCCAUUUUCUUAUUCCUACCUCUGCUAACGAUGUACAUCCAUUAUGUGGAUAUGCGAGGCUUAAAAGCUGUCAUUUUGACAUGUCUAAGUAAACCACUAUAUAAUUUGGGAAUUGGUGUUGGAAUUUACGGAAUGUCACACAAUAUAGGAGGAAUAGUCAAGAAUUUAUUGGAAUCUAAAUACGUAGUUAUCUUAAGUAAUUUCACCUACUGCGUGUAUUUGGUUCAUAUCGGCAUUAUUAUUGCGAUAAAUAAGCAUAUUUCAUCAAAUAUGGAAGUGACAAUAGGAAAAUUGAUUUGGGAUUGCAUAAUUAGCAUUUCAUUGAGUUUUAUAUGUAGUGUUUUUAUCACGCUUAUAAUAGAAGAACCUGGUGAAGCAUUACAGAAAAAAUAUUUACCACAAAUCAGUAAAUGGAAAAAGAAGUCAAACAAUUGAAAUUUCCACCCUGUAAAACAUAUUUUAUCCAAUAUUUCUGAUUAUAAACUGAUGUUUAAGAAAAUAAUUUUUUUAUAAAAUUGGUGUUAAAGGUAUUAAAUGUCAUUUUGAAAAUAAA